CCAAAUGGAGCCCUGCUGCCAUCCACUCGGCCAUGAUGACACACAAGGGCCCAUCCGUGACAUCGGUAGCAGCAUUGUCCCCUAGCCAUGGGAUCUGGUCAUACCAAUCCAAAUAAGGCACUGGACCCUGGACUUAUCUACGACGUUACACCUGAAGACUACAUAAAUCUCCUCUGUGGUCUAGAUUUCACACCCCGAUAGAUAAAAGCCAUCACAAUAUCCUCCUCAUAUUCCUGUUCCAACCCUUCGUUGGACUUAAAACUAUCCAUCUUUCAUUGGCUAUUUUAAUUGGAACAGCAGCAAGUCAGAUUCUAAACGGAUACAAGAAUUCAACAGGGCAGUGACUAAUGUUGGAGAUCGUAUGUCAACAUACACAGAAAAAUUGACCUCAAUGAAUGAAUAUAAUGUUAGUGUUGCACCUCACAAAUUUGCAUUCGCAGAGAAGUAUGAAAAACAAAGUUUCAGGCUAAGGAUAGAAGGUCCAUUGCUAGCAGAUAAUUUUCUGGUUUAUGGUUCUUUAAGUUGGGUUGAAACUAGUGGUAAAUAUGUUGUAGAAAGUCCCGUUGUUGACACUACCAUAAGAAUGGAUCCUCUGUGAGAACAGAACUGAUUAAGACACUAUCUAAUGAAUAGUUGUGAAGUAAAAUUAUGUGAAAUUUACAAAAUGCUGAUUGCUUAAAAUUUCUUUAUUUUUCACAAAUUUAGUUGUACUGGCAGUUGCUUUUAGUUCCUAAUUGAAUUUAGAAAAUUUUAUAGCUACUGAUCAUAGAAUAGUAAAUGAAAAGAACUAAACUUUUUUGUAAUCUUUAAAAUUUUAGUAUAUUUACAAAUCUCUUCAUUUGAUAAUAUUUAAUUAUGAACCUACCUAGAAAUGCUAAAACUUGGCAUAUUAUGCAUGUGUGUGUAUAUAUAUCUUAUAUUUUUCCUUCAUUUUUCUACAACAAGUGGACAACAUGACUAGUCACAGAUAAGGGGGUCAAGUUGGGCAAGUCAUAGUUUUUAGCUUAUCCCAGCCUAACCCAUUUUAGCUCAAGUAAGUUUGGGCGGAUUAUUAACCCAUUCAUUUAUUAGAUCAACCCAUUUGACACCCUAACUCUGGACCACUGAAUAAGCGAAUAUAAUGCUGGGAUGCUACUUUUUUAUCUAUAGAAUUUGGAAGUCAGUUUUAGUUGCUAUGGCUUAUGUAGGAUGGAUAUAGCAUACAUUCCUUUCUUUACCUUUGGUUCCAUGAUUGAGGGAAAGUACUUAUGUCAUGAUUAUUCAAAUCAUACACAAAGGUUUAACUCUUUUGUACAAUCAUGCUGCUUGAUUUAAUUGCUUAUUACUCCUUCCAUCCUAAUUUAUGCAGCGGUGUUAACUCAGCAUAUAGUUUAAGAAAGAAAGAUUUUUGAAACUUGUGAUCUAUAUGACUAUUACUCAUCUCAAGUUAAAUUGUAUCUUGUUAGUAUGACUUAUGUUUCUCGAACUUCCCAAACUUGUUACGGCAAUCCUGUCGAAUCCUAAAAACAUGCAAAGAUUUUGGAGUAUUUGUGUUUUAUUAAGUAGCCGCCUAGCGACAUAGAGUAACAUUCUUUUGAGACAUACUAAAAUGAAACGUAUAAUUUGGGAUAGGGCCUGGGGGAAGUACAAAUGUUGGGAAUUAUUGCAAGAUUUCUGUUACUUGCAACUUGCAAGUUCAAUAUAUUGAAAAUAUGUCAACUGAUUAGAAAGUUGUUAUAAAGGGAAUACUUUGGCUUCUCACUUCACUAUAUAAGUAAACUAACUCAUGUUCAAGAAAAUAUCCCAAUAUGGCUAAUAAUUGUAUUGCUUUAUGCUUCUGGUUCCUCACUAUCUUGUUUCCAAUAACCAUGUCUCAGUCAGAAACUUACAUCAUCCAUAUGGAUUUGUCAGCCAUGCCAAAGCCUUUUUCUAGCCAUCAUAGUUGGUACUUGUCCACCCUUGCUUCAGUAUCAGAUAGCUCAAAUCUUGAUUCUUUUAGUAACAGAAAUUCCCUUGUAUAUGCUUACUCAAAUGCCAUUCAUGGUUUUAGUGCAAGUCUUUCUCCUUCUGAGAUACAAGUUAUCAAGAAUGCUCCUGGUUAUCUUUCUUCAACUAAGGACAUGACAGUUAAAAUUGACACGACGCAUACGUCGGAAUUCCUGGGCCUGAAUUCCGAUUCUGGUGCAUGGCCAAAGUCAGAUUAUGGCAGAGAUGUCAUAAUGGGCUUAGUUGAUACAGGGAUUUGGCCAGAGAGCAGAAGUUAUAAUGAUAAUGGAAUGACUGAUGUUCCAUCGAGAUGGAAAGGUGAAUGUGAAAAUGGUACUCAAUUUAAUUCCUCUUUGUGCAACAAGAAACUCAUAGGCGCGCGUUACUUCAACAAAGGCCUAAUUGCUAGUAAUCCGAAUAUUACCAUUGCAUUGAAUUCAGCUCGUGACACGGCAGGGCAUGGGACUCACACGUCUUCUACAGCUGCAGGAAAUCAUGUGGAAUCUGCAUCUUAUUUUGGCUAUGCCCCUGGUGCUGCUACGGGCAUGGCACCAAAGGCUCAUGUGGCAAUGUACAAGGCUUUGUGGGAUGAAGGUGCAAUGUUAUCUGAUAUUCUGGCCGCAAUUGAUCAGGCGAUUGAGGAUGGAGUGGAUGUAAUGUCGCUGUCAUUAGGCAUAGAUGGUCUUCCUCUCUAUGAUGAUCCGAUUUCUAUUGCUGCAUUUGCUGCAAUGGAGAAAGGCAUAUUUGUUUCCACUUCAGCAGGAAAUGAUGGGCCUGAUGAUGAGAGUUUGCACAAUGGAACACCUUGGGUUCUCACUGUUGCUGCUGGCACAGUCGACCGCGAAUUUCUUGCGAAACUAACUCUAGGCAAUGGUGUUUCAGUCACUGGUUUAUCCCUCUACCCCGGCAAUGCAAGUUCAAGUGACAGCUCCAUCAUUUUCCUCAGCAAAUGCCUAGAGGAGAAGGAACUGGAGAAAAAUGCAUACAAAAUUGUGGUCUGCUAUGAUGCGAACGGAUCAAUAAGUGAUCAAGUGUACAAUGUAAGAAAUUCAAACGUUUCGGGUGGUGUCUUCAUAACAAACACAAUUGAUUUGGAAUUCUCCCUCCAAAGCUUGUUCCCGGCUAUGUUUUUGAAAUUUCAAGAUGGUGAUAAAGUUUUGGAGUACAUAAAGAAUAGUCCUUCACCUAAAGCAAAACUAGAAUUUCAAGUGACACAUCUUGGUGCUAAACCAGCACCAAAAGUUGCUGGCUAUAGCUCAAGGGGGCCAUCACAAAGUUGCCCCUUUAUCCUCAAACCUGACCUGAUGGCUCCUGGAGCCUUGAUAUUAGCUUCAUGGCCUCAGAAAUUACCAGUCACUGAAAUAAACUCACGAGAGCUAUACAGUAACUUCAACAUUAUAUCUGGUACGUCGAUGUCAUGCCCUCAUGCUGCUGGUGUAGCAGCACUUUUGAAAGGGGCACACCCCAAAUGGAGCCCUGCUGCCAUCCGCUCGGCCAUGAUG